AUGGCUUCCCCCCGUACGCCAGUCAAAAGUGGAACAGAGCUACAGGUGGUGAUUGACAAGAUCAACGAGGAAUUCUCCCUGAGACUACCUAACCCACAUCUUUACUCGCCGUCGAAGAAGGAGGACAGGGACGAAGACCGUCUGGGAUGGCGUGGCUAUCUGGGUAUCAAGCGGCUUUACUUCAGCCGGAGUGUGAAUCUGCAGGAAGUACUGAAUAACUUUGAAGAUUGGGUUCUGUCCGAGUACAGGCCCGGGCCAUCGAGGGGGGAUUCUUCUGUUCUGCCGCGGGGGAUGCAGAUGCAACUAGCAGCCGGGGGUGGCGGUGGGGGGUGGCUUUCUGAAGCGGAUCGAGAAAGGCGGCUGGAGUAUUUGAUGAAGUUGAUUGAUGAUGAGAUAUACCUGCUCAACAAGGGUUCGUUCUCCCCGUACACAAAGGAAGCCAAUAUGGGCAUGCGGGGGCUGCCUGGUGGAUUAUCACGGCCGUUGAAAAGACGACUGUCAGAGGAAGACGAGGAUGAAUUUCACACUGCGCCUAACUCGCCUGUCAAGGAUGGUGAUGCCAUCGCUCACUCUCCUGCGUUGGAUUUAAACAACUUUGAAGACCCGCACCUCGAGCCUUCGGUGCAUAUGGCGAAGACGCCCAAGUUCGAAGAACGAAAGACACCGUCUAAGUUUCUGGAGAAACUCACAGCGCCGGAUAAGCUGCCGCGAUAUGAUGGUGUGCCUGGGGCGCAGAACGGGCCGGAAUUCAGUUUCUCGACGACGGCGUCUUCGCAUCUUUCUGAUUCGCGCGUUGGUGGGAUUGGGGCGUCGUUUACCUCGAAUGCGACUGAUAUUACGGAGCCGAUGAUUGAUGAUGAGUCGCUUUAUGAGGAUUCAGUUGUCGGGCAAAUGACAAAUCACGACGCGAAUAUGACAUUCGACACAUCACAAGCGACGGAGGAAUAUCUGUCUGAGCGUGCGCAGUAUUCCAUUGAAGGGAAGAUCAUCGAUGAGCUGCUUCAGAAUGGACCGUUUGCGAGCGAGCAGUCGUUUCCAGCCUCAGUGCCUUUGCGAUAUCGAUAUGAGCUGGAAAGAAUCGGUAGAGCGUGGAAUGUACCCUUCAAGCAGAUGUUGAAAGGCAACAACGUCUCCUUCAACUAUGGUGAUUUCUGGAAAUGGAUCGAGGGACAUAACCAGCGAGGCGAGAAUGUGCUUCCCGAGAAACCUACUCGCAGGGCCUUUGAUGCGGCCGUGGGAGACUUCAAGACGGAUAAACACUCCGAGGUGGUUGUGCUAACAGGAGACCUGGACUGGUGCGAUGAAUCCGAGCCGGGAAUCCUGAAACUAAAAUUGAACCCGCUAAAGACUGAAAAGACAUGUCGUUUUCACAGACGGUUCGGGUCGGAUAGGUUUCUGAGCCUGACGAUACCGGCACCCGCACAACCACCGCGACAUCUGCGAUUUACCUCCCAUCCGACAUUGUUGCGCGAAACCAUAGCCUUGUGGCUGACGCAAAAUGUGCAUCGGUGCUUGGGGAGGACGUGGAAGCCGUUUUACGUGGCACAGGUCAAGUCGAAACGCAAAAGCAAGGGUGUAGAACCCAGAUUCAAGGUGGAAUUUUUUGCCAUCGGCGGCAAGGAUUUUGAUCAGAUAUCAAUGGCACCGCCGGUAGCUCCGAGCAAGCAACCAAGUGACAGACACACGCCGAUGAGUUUGAAUGCGCUCAUAGAGUGGCAUAUGCCUACAGAUGCGAAUGUCGACGAGUCCAACUGCAAGCUCUUUCAGCGAAUCUCGUUGGGGCUUUCGAAAACGUUUGCUACGGUCUCUCUAAAGCCGAGACAGGUUCUCUCGUUGUCAGACGCGCGCGAGCCAGGUGGGAUGAAGAUGAAUGAUGGGUGUGCCCUGAUGUCACGGAGUCUAGCUAAAGAGAUCUGCGAUUCGCUGGGCAUCUCAGGCAACACGCCUAGUUGUUUCCAGGGAAGAAUAGCAGGAGCCAAAGGGUUAUGGAUGGUAGAUAAACACCAAACGCAUAUUUCUGCCGACGGCGACGAUAGGUGGAUCCAGAUUUCAGAUUCCCAGUUGAAGAUCAAGCCACAUCCGUGUGACUGGCGGGAGCCGGUUGACGAGGAGAAGCUCACAUUCGAAGUUGUGAUGUGGUCAAAGCCACCGCAUCCCGUCGACCUAAAUAUUCAACUUUUGGCGAUCCUGGAGCACGGUGGGCGCAUCAAGGAGUAUGUAGCGGAACUCACCCGGGCUGGGAUACAGGCGCUGUAUCAGGAUUUCGCCGAGGUGCUUCAGUCUAACAGCAACGUUCUUUGUCGGGGUCUUGUUCAGAAGAUUCGACCAGCGGCCGAUGAUGGCGGUAGGUUGAUGGCACACAAUGUCAGGCGACUGGAGCAGUGGACGGCGAAUGACACGGAGUGCAUCAUUCGACUGACAGAGGCUGGGUUUGCGCCGCAGAGCUUUUAUCCUCUUCGUAAAAGGCUCGGACGGUGUUUGAGGGACUUGCUGGAUCGAUCUGUAGACGAGCUCCAUAUCGAAGUGCCCCUGUCUACGUAUGCAUUCUGUAUCGCGGAUCCAUACGGGGUGUUAAAUGAGGAUGAAGUCCAUUUCGGGCUCUCCAAUAACUGGCGCGAUCCUAACGGCCAGUUCGAGGAUAACCUGUUAGACGGGAUGGAUGUCCUGGUUGGUCGUCUUCCCGCUCAUCUUCCAUCAGAUAUUCAGCGCAGAAGAGCAGUAUGGAAGCAAGAACUUCGUCAUUUCAAAGAUGUCAUCGUCUUCCCUACUCGAGGCAAAAUUGCCCUAGCUCAUAUGUUGUCUGGUGGUGACUACGACGGCGACACGCCGUGGAUUUGCUGGGACCAGAAUAUCGUCCAGAAUUUCUACGAUACCGACCUACCCACUGAGGAGUUUCCGGCGGAGCAUUUCGGUCUCACGAAGCAUAGUGUGCCUAUGCGGGAGAUUCAUAGCAUGGAUGAGUUUCUGCAGAGCGCGUUCACGUUUAAUAUGACACUCUCCAACCUGGGACGGUGUUCACUUGAGCACGAAAAGAUCUCCUACGACGAAUCGAUUAACUUGGACAAGGCGAAAGAGCUGGCGUGUCUGCUCAGUCACUUGGUUGAUGGUCGUAAGGGGGGUGUGCAUUUGUCUGAGCCAGCGUGGCAGCAGUACCGGAAACGCAUCAGUCCCUGGGCCCGCGACCUGCCGGCAUACCGCAAUCCUGAUCGUCGAUAUAAGAAGUCGAAUAUCAUCGACUAUCUGAAGUUCGAGGUAGCUCGGAAGGCGAAACACGCAGUCCUGGAACAGCUCGAGCAGUCAUUCCCCGAAAUGGAGAGUCAUGGCACCUGGGACGAGGAUCUUAUCCGGCCGUGGGAUGAAGCACACGAGAUUGCAGAAACUGAUAAGCCGAAUGGUCUAUACGCAGUUUUGGAAAACGUGUCUCGGGAUGUUAAAACCUUUCACGAUCGCUGGGUGACCUCUCUCUCUGGGGAGAAGGACUAUUCCCCUGUAGCUCGCGAUGCCGUAGAGCGAGUCAAGACCAUCUCGCCUCCAUCGGGGGAUCAUCCCCUGAUUCAUACAUGGCAGAACAGCCAACAUGAGUGGCUUCGGCUGUUGGCUUCGUGUACGUACAAGAGAUACUCACAUUCUAGUUUUGCGAUACAUGCAUUUGGGGAGACGCUGUGUCAAAUUAAGGCGGCUACAUUGCCUAACCGGAUUAUUGCGAAUGAGAUCGUGGCAUGUUAUCGGGUCAAUCAAAAGGUGGUGUCCCAAUUGACAGCCAAGGAGGUACCAGAGGAGGAUGAAGGAGAGGGAGAUGAGUACGAGGGCCAAGAGGCGGUUGAAGCUAUGAUGCAAGGGAUUCAAAUGCCGGGAGGAUAUUAUGAUCUUGACGAUGGGAUAUCUGUAGAGUGA